AUGGGUCAGUAUCAUGAUCGAAUCUUACCAAUUGCUCCAUCAACAGAUACGGGCAGCUGGGAAUUCAUUCGGGAUACUUACAAAAACGACUCCGCGUGGGACUUGGAGAAGAGGGCCCUGUUUCUUGCGCCACGAAUGGUCGGAGCUCUAUCAGGCGCUCUUUGGUCGCUUGCUGCAUCACCGGGGUUGACUGUCGAGAUUGGCCGUGGCUCGUCCCAGGUUGCUUGUUGUUCGCAUUUCCAGCAGCCUCAUGAUAAACUUGAUACACUUGACUCGAGCCACUGUGCCUCGCUUCAGAGAGCGUGUGGCUCCCGCUGCUGGGCUCUUGCCGAUGAAGGCGUUGAUGCCAACGAUGGAUAA